AUGGUGAUAUCAUAUAGUGCCAAGGAACUUGAACAUCUGGCAACACAUAACCUUAAUGUUCGACAGGUAAGUUGCCUUUAGUUGAAGCCGGAGAAGGUUCGUUUGAUAACCGAUGUCUCUCCACAGAUCAAGAAUACAAUACGUACAGCAAAUGCAUUAGCAAAUUAUGACAAGACAAGCUUGUCUAUUGCUCACAUACAGACAGUCCUUGAUAUUGGGAAAAAUUUCGAAAACGAUUUCAAGGGGACAGGAGUGACCGACAAUAUGGGGUCGUACUUGCAAAGGUUUUUGAUUAAGCGAAUAAGUGAAUAUGGUAGCUUUGGAAGUCACGGGGAGUGCUUGGACCACCUCUGUUGUAUGUAA